CACCUCCUACUUCGUCCGGACACGCUUGCAGACAACCAAAACGCGAUGUUGAUAUACGACUCAAUGCUCGCGAACGCGACAUUCCUAACUUACCACUAAAUUGCAGAUCGGACCUGUCGAGCUACCUCCAUUCACCACUACUCGCGUUCCCAGUGCAGCAGUCACCUCCCCCGCCUAUGUAUCCAUUCUUCUAUGCUCCUGCGCCGAAGGAUAUCUUGCCAGACUUGAAAUUCCCCAAAGGCUUCAGAUACGGAGUUGCCACGUCCGCGUACCAACUCGAGGGUGCCGUGAAGAACGAGGGCAAGGGUCCGACCAUGUGGGACUGGGCAACCAGACAGCCAAGUGGUACAACUGAUAACAUAACUGGUGAUGUCGUCGGUCUUUAUUAUUACCUGUACAAAGAAGAUGUCGAAUGCAUCGCCGCUCUUCGUAUGACUGCACAUUCGUUCUCGAUUUCAUGGGCGAGGAUCUACCCAUUUGGCGCUGCUGAUUCUCCUCUCAAUACACUUGGCAUUGAUCACUAUUCUGACGUUCACUGGGAUACACCCGUCGCCCUUCAGGCUUACUAUGGGGGUUUUACCUCACCACAAAUUGUUGACGAUUUCAUAAAGCAUACGGCGACCGUGUUAAAACUUGUGAAUAUUCUACCUAUCAAACCCUAUUUCGGCAAACUUACCUUGAGAGUAGAUGUUACCCUCGCUCCUGGUGUCAAUUCGUCCACCGCCCCUUAUCAAUGUACAUACAAUUUAUUAAAGGCCCAUGCAGGCACCGUCAAGAAGGCACGCCAUGGAGAAGUAACUCUACUGAAGACGCGCUUGCAGUUGAAUGCAGCGUUCGAAAUAGGUCUCUUCUCUAACCCUGUAUACACGACAGGCGAUUGGCCCGGCAUCGUAAAAGAUACCCUCUCCAAGGAAUAUCUUCCACGCUUCACCGAUGAAGAAAAGAGCGACGUUCUUGGCUCCGCGGAUUUCUUUUCCAUUACUUCCUACUGCUCACUAUGGAUAAAGGCGCCGGACGAAGGACUUGACGCAUGCGUGACUAAUCCUUCCCAUCCAUUGUGGCCCGCCUUGGCUACCUCCGUUCAAGUAACACCGUUGGCGAUUCGUCCGUUAUUGAAGGACUUCUACACUCGAUGGCGGUGGUAUAUUUUCGAGUUCAGCAUCCUUGAGCCAGUGGUGUACGUGGAUGCAGAUAUAUCGCAAAUCAAGGAGGACGUCGACCAAACAAGCACGCGCUACUACCUACCCGGUGAAAUGUUAUCCGUUUCCAACAUGCUCUUCGUUUGACAGAAAAUUCUUCACUGUUAUGAGAAGAGACUUUAGUGGCCAUUCCUUACAGGCUGGAGGCAUGGCGUUCUAUGCAUCUUUGGAAGUUUCGGAGGCCAUUAUCCAAACAUUGAGUUGCUGGUCCUCAAAGGCAUGGAUACUGUAUGUUUGGGAACACCCGGCUCUUCACGCAGAACCACAAAUGGCUGCAUUACAAUCUAGCCACCCACUUCUCUCUAACCUCAUCAUGCGAUCUGCUCAUCAUCUGUACCUCCCACACACUUCCUUAGCUCACCGCGUAUCGCAAUGAAUAUGAGGGAGCUUGUAGUUCAAGCU